CAACCUACAAACAUAAAAUUCAACAGAUUAAAAACAAAUAUAUUUGACGUUUUGAACCAUCUUUCAUAAUAAAUUUAGUCAGAAAAUACAUAAUUAAGAAAAUCAACAAUAAUUUCUCCUCCUAUAAUAAUAAAAUGUGUAGAAACUACUGAUAGAAGAAGAUGGAGGGUAGGCUUAAGAAAUGGAGAACGAAACGAGACUUUCUAAAACUGCUACAAUCUCGUGAAAAUAAUGCCGAAACAUCAAAAUUUUUUAAGCAACAUACACAGUUUACAGAUAGUCUUGUCAGAAGACUUGGAUUGGAACAUGAAUUAGAGGGCCAUGUCGGCUGUGUAAACUGUUUAGAAUGGACACCAAAUGGGGAACAUUUGGCCUCUGGUUCUGAUGACACAAAUGUCAUUCUGUGGGAUCCUUUUAGACAUAAAAGGCUUCAAGUUAUUCCAACGCAUCACAUUGGAAAUAUUUUUUCUGUCAAGUUUUUAGGAACAACCUGUAAUGAAAUAGCAACAGCGUCUGGUGAUUGUAGAGUGCUGGUUCAGUCUAUACCAACAGCUGUGGCUAAACGUCCCCCGAUUUUGGAAUGCAGUUGUCAUGUCAAUCGUGUCAAAAGGUUGGCUACAUCUCCUGUUGAGCCAUCAUUGUUUUGGUCUGCAGCUGAAGAUGGACUUAUUAUUCAAUAUGACUUAAGAGAACAACACGAAUGUUCUUCAUCACACACAAAGGUUUUAAUUGAUUUAAGCUACAAUUUUGGUGAAGUUAAAUGUAUAGCUGUCAAUCCCACAAAACCUCAUUACAUUGCAGUAGGAGCAAAUGAUUGUUAUAUUAGGCUAUAUGAUAGAAGAAUGUUGAAACCUUACACAAUACGACAGGAGAGAUCACCAUUCCACCUACUCUAUGAUAGGGUCGAAAAGUUCCCAGAAAGGGACCCGCUAGAUUUGAAUUGUGUCCAAUAUUAUGCACCCGGACAUUUAGCUAUAGAGAAUGCAAGCGUUAGUAGCUUCAAACUCUCCAUUACCAACAUCUCUUUUAAUUCGACUGGUUCUGAAAUGUUAGCCAACAUGGGCGGAGAACAUAUUUAUUUGUUUGACGUUAAUAAGUCUAGGCAUAUUAAGGAUAUUCAAGUACCGCAAUUUUUCCCCAAGAAAAACUUGCCCAUGUGUAAGAAGUGCUAUUUUAUAGACGGAAACAGACUUGUAAAUAUUAGUAAAAUAAAUUUAAUCCCUGAAGAAAAUUGUGCUUGUUUUUAUUUAGACAGGGCUUCAGAAUGUCGCAAACGAAAAUGGAUGGGAGAUCUUUAUAAUGCAGCCCGUGACUUUUUACAUGUGAUACAAAAUUGGCCUAACAAAAUACAGGCCUACAUUGGCCUAAUUGAGAGCCUUUUAGACUUAAAAUGGACGACAGAAGCUCAACAGUGGUUGGAUUAUUUUUCGACUUUACCCACUAACAACAAUCAUCCACAGGUAAAUUUGUUAAGAACUAAAUUGGAAAAACUAAUUGUAUCCAAUCAAACUAAAGAACAGGAUAACGAUUCGUUUGAAGAAAAGGAGAGAUUAUGUAGGAAAGUUGAUGAGGCGGAACAAAAGAAACGAUUGGAAUCCAGGGAUUUCGAAAUGAGAUUUUUGGGACACUGUAACAUUACAACUGAUAUUAAAGAGGCUAAUUUUCUAGGUGAAGACGGUAACUAUGUAUGUGCGGGUUCCGACGAAGGAAUAAUUUUUGUGUGGGAGCGGAAGAAGUCGCAAAUAGUGACGGCUAUGUUCGGUGACGUUUCGAUAGUGAACUGCAUUCAACCACACCCUAGUGCCUGUUUUAUUGCAUCAAGCGGUAUUGACACUGGCGUAAAACUUUGGUCUCCACUACCAGAACUUGAUGAUUACGUGAAUCCCCGAAUAGUGACUGACAUCCCGGCGGUGGUAGAGGCCAAUCAAAAUCGAAUGGCGAUGGAUCCAUUAGAAUCGAUGUUAAUUAACAUGGGGUAUCGGAUAUCCGGCAUGCCCAUGUCGAACGAGGUGCCAUCUUGUCAAACUUGUUAGUUGUUUGGUCUGAAUCUGUUUUGUGACCAA